UGCUUCCACAGGAUAUCCUGUACAGAACUUUUUUUCCCCCCUGAACAAAUGAGACUUGAAAACGUCAUUCUGACGUACAAAAACAGCCAAUCAGAUUGCUGCUUACAGUGACGCAAGAAGGCAGGAAGUUGAAUGUCCUGGAGAUAGAGGUUUAUGCAGCCAUGUGGCCAGUGAUCUGGACUGCCAUGCGCGCUUAUGCGCCCUAUGUGACCUUCCCAGUGGCCUUUGUGGUGGGAGCUGUUGGAUACCACCUUGAGUGGUUUAUCCGGGGAACUCCUAACACCCCGGGAGAAGAGAGGGGCAUUGCAGAGCUACGGGAGGAUAGGAAAUUAGAGGAACUGACCGGUCAGGACAGCACACAGGUCCUCAGCCUCAAGGACAAACUGGAAUUCACACCAAGAGCAGUGCUGGAAAGAAACCGACCGGAGAAGAGCUAAGUUUUAUUAAAUGGCAUGAAGUCCUGCAAGAUUACCAUAUAAUGAUGUGCACUCAACAGCCCCAGGGACGGGAACUUGAUCGGAAAACUUUUUUUUUUGUGGGAUUUCAUGUCCAUUCCUGUCACUUUGUUCUGCCACCCUAAUUACAUGGAGUCAUGCUGUAAUAUUUACCAGGCCAGCUGAUGGAACUUGGCUGCUGAGAGAACUUUCAUUCUUUGAGUCUUCUUAAUAUUCAUCUUCUGCCCUUAGGCAUGCAGACACAUGACUAUAUCGCACAAGUCCUAACUUGGAAAGCUUUAAUAAGUUUUCCAUUCGUGCUCCCUGUCAUAUGCUCAUGAGACUGAAGCUCAAAGAAAGACCACCUUUGUUAAGUUUUGUGACUACAUGAAUAAAAGUGCAUCUAUGCAAGGCAACACUUGAGUGGGACUAGAAAAUGUUUGAACUUUGAGAGGCUGAAGUGAUUCAGAACACUUAGAAAUUCAUACAAGCUCACUGUGUCACUGUGGUCCUUUGCUAAUUAGUAAUAAUGAUCGCAGUGAAUAGUGAGGAAUGAAAGCCAAGUUUUGCCUCGGUGUCCUUUUUGGUUCAUGUAAGAACUCUGCACACGCUUUGAAUAUUUGGAGCAGAAGGUUUAGCUUGUAUUUCAAACAAAUUAUCUGUGGUUUUGAGUCCUUUUACAUGUACAGUAAAGUGAACUCGUUGUGUUGCAGAGAUCAUUACCCAUGUAGUGCUUUCCUAAGCAUUGUUAUGGCUAAAAUGUCAAUGAUAAUUGCACUGCUAACUUUUGUGCUGAAGUGUGUAGGAGGCUGCCUUGUGUUCAUGUAAUAAAUGUAAAGACACACUUUAAUUUUG